GCUUGUUCAAAGACUGUUUAACAUGGCAAUAAAGUCCUGGCGCCAAGCACCCCAGUUGCUAAGUAACGCUAUUAAACAAGAGGAACCUUGACUUUCCAGGCUAGGGAAAUGCUGAUAUACACAAACGGUGCAUUCCUGAUCUUUUCUCUUGACUACACCACAGCAUUUUGUGAGAUACAAUUACCAGGGGUGAGAGGUUUCAAGCUAAAAUGGCCGGUUCACAGGAGCUGAUACUGUUGGUAUGUUUCUAAAACUGAAGACAAUCUCAUCACUUUAUUAACAUCAACUCAGGAAAAAAGAAGAUAAAAAUAUGUACCAUGCCCAAAGGGAAGGGAGCCAAAGGGACAAAGGUGACUGUCAAGAUUGCCAAAAAGGCAAUACGCAUGACACCAGAUGGACGGCGCAGACUCACCCUUAGCAACAUGGGUAUAACCGUCUUCCCAAAGUGUCUCUUGAAACUGACCAACGUGGAUGAGUUGGACCUCAGCCGCAACCUGAUACAGAAACUCCCAGAAAACAUUGGGAACUUUUCAUCGCUCAGAUGGCUGGAUCUACACAGCAACAAGCUGGAGUCUGUGCCCGAGUCCAUCGGUAACCUAGCGGGACUGACCCACCUCAACCUCUCUAACAACCGCCUGACCUCUGCAGCUUUACCCUCUACACUGGGUCUCCUUACCAACCUGAAGAGUCUCAAUCUGGGAAUGAACCAACUGGACGACCUGCCUCCCACUAUGGUGGCUCUAGACAGUCUCCAAGAGUUAGGCCUGUUCGAUAACCUCUUCAUCAGCCUACCAGAGUUUGUGAAAGUCUUACGCAGUCUCACUAAGUUGAACGUGAAACGGAACCCCCUGUUGUACGUUCAGGGGGAUGGUGAGGGGACGCUGAAGGAAAAGCCAGAAGAGGAUGUGUACCUGGUCCACGAGAGCAGCCUGUGUAGGACAUGCCUUAAGAGAUGUAAAGAGCAGACAGAAAGGCUUACAAGAGGAGGAGGAGGAGGAGGAGGAGGAGGAGGAGGAGGAGACGCAUUUGAGGAGAAAAGGAUAAGGACUUAUUCAGGACUGAUGGCACCAAACUCAGUGGCUACAGUCAAUCAGGAUGUGUGGAGAAUAAAAAAGUUAGAACACAAGCCAAUCAAAUGACCUAAAAGCUGCUGACAUCAUCGUUAGACAGCCCUACAAAUUUUUAUUAUAUGUGUAUAAUAUCUAGCUAUAUGUUACUCACCUAUUUUUCGAUGUAAUUCACAUUUUAGUUAAUAAAAUAAA